AUGGAUGACGCUGCCGUCCUCAAGCGACGAGGCUACAUCAUGGGGAUAAAUUUGGGAGAGGGCUCAUAUGCCAAAGUCAAAUCCGCUUACUCUGAGCGCCUAAAGUUCAACGUGGCGGUCAAGAUCAUCGAUCGCAAGAAAGCCCCCACGGACUUCCUGGAGAAAUUCCUUCCCCGGGAGAUUGAGAUUCUGGCCAUGCUAAACCACCGCUCUAUUGUCAAGACCUACGAGAUCUUUGAGACAUCAGAUGGCAAGGUCUACAUUGUCAUGGAGCUUGGAGUCCAGGGUGACCUCCUUGAAUUCAUCAAAACCAGAGGAGCCCUGCAAGAGGAUGAUGCUAGAAAGAAGUUCCAUCAGCUCUCCUCGGCCAUCAAGUAUUGCCACGAUCUGGAUGUUGUUCACCGAGACCUCAAGUGUGAGAACCUUCUGCUUGACAAGGACUUCAACAUCAAGCUGUCUGACUUCGGCUUCUCCAAGCGCUGCUUGCGGGAUGAUAGUGGCCGACUGACAUUAAGCAAGACCUUCUGUGGGUCAGCAGCUUAUGCGGCCCCCGAGGUGCUGCAGGGCAUCCCCUACCAGCCCAAGGUGUAUGAUAUCUGGAGCCUAGGUGUGAUCCUCUACAUCAUGGUCUGUGGCUCCAUGCCCUAUGAUGACUCCAACAUCAAAAAGAUGCUGCGCAUCCAGAAGGAGCACCGAGUCAACUUUCCACGGUCUAAACACCUGACUGGUGAGUGCAAGGACCUCAUCUACCGAAUGUUACAGCCAGAUGUCAACCGGCGGCUGCACAUUGAUGAGAUCCUCAGCCACUGCUGGGUGCAGCCUAAGGCACGAGGUCUGUCCUCUGGAACCGUCAACAAAGAGGGGGAAAGCUCCCGGGCAACUGAGCCCUUAUGGACCCCUGAACCCACUGGUGCUGAUAAGAAGUCUGCCACCAAGGUGGAGCCUAGGGAAGAGGCACGACCCGAGACCCAACCUGAGACAAAACCCCAGGAAGACACUGUGCAAGUGGCCAGGCAGUCAGAGACCGUGGGCCUCAGCAGUGAAUUGAACAGGGAGACAGAGGAAGGGCACCCCCAACAGUCUUCAGAGACACAUACCUAG